AUGCCAUCUAAAAAGAAAACUGCGACGAAAGGGACCAAGCGCAAAAGAUCUGCAAAUGGUAGUAAAAAUCUCUUUCACUUCGACCUUAAGAAAAUUCGAGCUAAAAUGGAGGCAUACUGUAAAGGCGAAGUUGAUCCCAAAGCUACGAUUUACCUCACAGCAGUUCUACAAUAUGUUGCAGCUGAAAUGAUCGAACUCUCUGGAAACAAGGCGCGAGAAAAGUCGGCAAAAGCUGCCGUUAUAAAAGAAGAAGACGUUCAGGCAGCAAUCCAAUCAGAUGAAGAACUUAAAAAAUUAAUGGUCGAUGUCUCCGAAUAUAAAUAA